CAAAUGUCAAAAUACAAGGUUAUGGCAUGGUAGACAACUGUAGAGUGUAGACUGAAUAAAUAAUAUAAUAUCAAUACGAGCGAGACAGAUUACUAAGAUAAUGUCUACAUAAAGUGGAGUGAAAUUGGUCAGGUCUUCUGUGUAAAGUAUUCUCAAGAAUAGAAAAAUGUUACUCAAGUUUUGUCCAAAUCUUUCAUUUAUGUUCCAAGAGACAAGUUCAAUACUGGAACGUUACAGCCUGGCCAGGCAGAGUGGUUUCCAAGCUGUGGAAGGUGGUUUUGUGUACAGCACUCCUGUCGAAGAUGUGGUGAAAGCCAAGAGAGAGGCUGGAGUACAACAGAUCCUUCUCAAUGUCAAUCCAGGAGAUGCAAACAAGGGUGAGUUGGGCUUUGCUGCAAUCCCUGGCCAACAAGAGAAGUUCAGGAAUGGCCUACAAGAGGCAAUUACUUACUGUAAGGCACUGGACUGUCGAUUGGUUCACAUAAUGAGUGGAAAGGUGCAAAAUCCUAAUGAUGAGAAUGAUAAAGUUUACGAGGAAAAUCUUCGUUUGGCGGCAUCGAUCUUGCAGGAAGAAAAUAUGGUCGGGAUUAUAGAACCGAUUAAUGGAAUAUCGUUACCAGGGUACUACAUGAACAACUUUAGGAAAGGUUUGGAUGUCGUAAAGAAAGUUAACAGUCCUCAUAUCAGACUUAUGGCUGAUCUGUUUCACUUUCAAAUGAUGAAACUUGACUUGUCAAGCAGCAUUAAGGAAGCUUUUCCUUACAUUGGUCACGUUCAAGUGGCACAAGCUCCAAAUAGAAAUGAACCUGACACCCAGGGAGAAAUAGACUUCAAGAGUACAUUUUCAUUGUUGGAGUCUCUUGGCUAUGAUGGCUGGAUUGGACUGGAGUAUAAACCUGCCUCAGAUACAAACACUGGUCUGAAGUGGAUUCAAGCAAUGGGUUACACUUUAUAAUAAAAAGAAAACAUUAAAAUAAAUAAUUAGUAUAGGUGCAGGGACAUUUUUUAAUAGUAAGAAUAUACCACUCAUUUAUUUUGAAGAGUAGUUACAACAUGGGUGUACAGGUUUAUUACUGUGAUAAAUGUAGCUUUUUUAGAUAAGAUAAUUAAAUUACACAUUUCCACAUAGAAUUAUAGUGCGGUGAUGUCAUUGUAAUGUCUAUUGACAAUAUUAUUGUUAUUUUAUUAUAUUAUUGAUAACUAACACAUUUUAUAUUUUGUACUAAUAUAAAAACUAUUAAAUAAAAAAAAUUAAGCACUCUA